CUCUCUUUCUCUCUCUCUCUCUCUCUCUCUGUACGGCCCCUCCAAGCUUCCCAGAUCCCUCUUGAUCGGAGUCGGGGAUUGGGGUUAUUAAGUCUUUAAUCUCUGCUGGUUUCUCGUCUUGCUGUAGUUUUUAACUGUUUUGAUUUUUAAUUUUUAAUUAGGGUUUGUUGAAUAUAUAUGUUUAGUUUUUCACAUGCGAAGCCAAAGUUGUGGAGGAGGGAGAAGAGUGGAUUUUUGGGAAAAUCGGGAAAUUUUGUUUAGAGGAUCACUAACUUCUCUUGCGGAAUGGAUUAUUGGUCCGAAAUACUAAUAAUUAUAAUACUAGGGUUUCAUUAUUUGCUUAAAAUUAGAAUUAGAUGGCAGGCUUUUUCUCACUAGGCGGCGGCGGAGGUGGUGGGAGGGGGCCCGGAGGAGCCUCAGCCACCAAUUUAUUUAAUAAUAAUAAUAAUCAUCAUCAUCAACAUCAUAGCGGCUCCGAAAUCAAUCCGGAAAGCAGCAGCAGCAGCUGGUUCCUCUUCCGGAACGACCUGGAAAUUCCCUACAGAGGCGGCGGCGGCGGCGGCGGUGGCUUUGAUUUAUGGCCGGCGGCGGCGGCGCCAUCAUCUCAGCUGGAGUUCCUGCCGCUGCAGGAUGUGGUGGGGCCGAGCCGCGGCAGCAUGUUGGGCGGCGAGGGGUUUCUGAUGAUGAGGAGCGGCGGCGCCGGCGGUGGCGGAGGGAUCAGCUGCCAGGACUGCGGCAACCAGGCUAAGAAGGACUGCGCCCACAUGCGGUGCCGGACCUGCUGCAAGAGCCGCGGGUUCCAGUGCCAGACCCACGUGAAGAGCACGUGGGUGCCCGCCGCCAAGCGCCGCGAACGCCAGCAGCAGCAGGCCGCUACCGCCACCGCCGCCGACUCCAGCUCCACCAGGCAAACAACCCCAACCACCCACCUAAGAGGCACCAAAAGGCAUAGGAAUAGGCAUAGCGACACCACCACCACCACCAACAACAACAAUAAUUCUCUUGUCUGCACGCGCAUCACCACCACCGCCACGACUACUUCAGGGUUACAAAUUGGGAAUUUUCCGGCGGAGGCGAACGCGGAGGCGGUUUUCCGAUUGGUGGAUGAAUACGCAUACGAGUCGGCAGUGAACAUCGGCGGCCACGUCUUCAAGGGAAUUCUGUACGACGAAGGCACCGAGAGCCAACAGAUGGCACCGCCGCCGGAAACCGAUUCUUCCGGUGGAGCCAUAGCUGGAGCUGGAAGAAACCUGCAGCUUAAUUAUAAUAAUAAUAAUAAUAAUAAUAAUAAUAAUUUGAUGAGAAGCAGUAGAGCAACAGGCGGCGGCGCAGGAUCUUGUGAUGUGCUUCUAGAUCCUUCGAAUUCGGUCAUAUAUCCACCGGCGAUUAACAGCUUCAUUACGGGUACGCACUUCUUCCCACCCCCGAGGUCCUCAAAUUAAUUACCAGCACUCAUGUAUUGUUUCACUAAUUGAAAAUUAAUUUAUUACACACUUACGAGGAUGAUUCUUAUUAUUAUUAUUAUUAUUAUCAAUCAAUUAUGUUUC